AUGGGCUACCAUGAAACGGACAAUGUUGACGACUCUCGCAUGGCACCAUUGGCGGGAACCGCGAAGGAUGCGGAGGAUAUGAGGCGUAUGAAUAGGCGGCAAGAAUUAAAUCGGGUCUACACGACCAUAACUCUUGCCGGAUAUGCUGUACUCCUGGGCUUAACAUGGCCUUUCUCCCUCUUCACUGCGGCUCUAUCUCUUACAAACGGCGGCCCUGCUGGUGCCAUUUGGGUCUAUGCGGGAGUGUGCACUGGCAUGUUUACUGUAGUUCUAUCAAUGGCGGAGAUGACAUCUCUUGAACCUACCGCGGGCGGGCAGUACCACUGGGUAGCUGUAUUUGCUCCUCCAAAAUGGCGGCGAAUUGCCAGCUAUAUUGUCGGAUGGAUGUGCGCUUUGGGAUGGCAGACCAUCGUUCCCGCACCGGCCAAUGUUGCUGCCUCCACUAUACAGGCUUUCGCCGUUGUGGCUUCGGAUUCGUAUGAUCCAAAACCAUGGCAUGUCGUAGCACUGACAGUAGCAAUCUGCACAUUGGCUGUUGUUUUCAACACGUUUUGCGCCAGGAAAACUCCAGGGCUCGAAGGUGUUGUGUUCGCACUGUACAUCAUCGAAUUUUUCGCCCUCUUUGUCAUCCUCCUCGUCAUGGGAGACCGGUCCAGCGCCAAAGAAGUCUUCACGGCCUUCCAAGAUAAUGCGGGAUGGGGGAGUAUCGGUACUGCGUGCUUCGUGGGCUCGAGCGGUCCCAUCAUAACCGUCAUCGGAGCCGAUUCAGCAGUCCACUUGGCAGAAGAGAUGAAAGACGCGUCGAGACACCUUCCCAGGUCGAUGAUGAUCACGGCAAGCGUCAAUUAUACCGUUGGAUUUCUGAUGUUGCUCGCUACUAUGUUUGUCGUCGGAAACGUUCAGGAGGUCCUUGACACUCCUACCGGAGCCCCUUGGGUCCAAAUCGUCCUUAAUGCAACAGAAAGCAGGAAGCUAACAUUGGCCUUGAUUGCGUUUAUAAUCUUCUUUCUCGUGUUUUGCUCCAUCAACGCAAAUACGACUUCAUCCCGUCAGCUUUACGCAUUUGCACGCGAUGGAGGACUUCCUUUCUCCCAAUGGAUAAGUCGCGUUGCUCUCAGCAAGCAUAUUCCAGCAAACGCGGUCUGGCUGACAUGGCUGAUCGGUUGCUGCAUCGCGUUGAUACCCCUUGGCUCCACUGAAGCGUUUUUAAACAUCCAAUCCAUUGCAAUCUCCGCACUGUUGGCUUCCUAUAUUGUUUCCAUCGUCUGUCGACUGCACAAUCGCAAUUAUGGCAGCGUGUAUGGGAACCUCACCAAGCCACCACCGUUCUUUCUGGGCAAAUUUGGCGGAAACAUGAUCAAUAUUUUGGCACUCUUGUUCCUCAUUUGUUUCCUAGUUGCUGCGGUCUUCCCGAUUGAGCCGCAUCCGACUACACAGUCGAUGAACUGGAGUUCAUUGACCUUGGGCUGUAUAGUCAUUCUUGCUUUGAUCUCAUGGGUUGUUCGAGGGGAUCAGUACGAAGGACCCAAUAUUACUGUUCCGAUCGAUGAUUCAGAGAGAGUGGAGAUGGAAUCUAAAAGUUAG